AUGUAUAGUUGCCAUGCUAGCAAUGAAGCAGGUCACGCCAAAAAAUACAUUAACGUUGUUGUUCAACCAAAGCAUGGUGAUGUUGGAAAUGGGACAGCUGAUAAAUAUAAAAUAGAAAAGCAAAGUGUUGCAAAUGCUGAAAUGACUGCCAAAAAUGCAUGCAAAGCAUUUCCUAGGAAUGAAAACAUAAGAGUAGAAGAACGUAUAAUACUUGGUGAUAUUGCUGAUCAAGGUGAAUUUCCCUGGAUGGCCGCCAUAUUUUACAGCGACGAAUUGAAUUUAAAUUUUGGCUGUGGUGGUACAAUAAUAUCAGAGUUCUAUAUAAUGACCGCUGCACAUUGCGUGACAGAUAGGCAGCCACCAGUGAUAGUGCGAUUGGGAAAAGUGAAUUUAACCGAUACCAUUUCUGAUGCUGUUAAGGCCGUACAUUAUAAUAUAAAAAAUUACACGCGUCAUCCAAAUUAUAACAUUACCACGAAAAAGAACGAUAUUGGACUCAUUCGACUGUCAACAAACAUUCGGUUUACCAAUGCGAUUAGACCAGCGUGCUUGCACACCAAUAUGGCUGAUGUAGAUACUAAUAGAAAAGUAAUUGUGAUCGGCUGGGGCAAUACAGAUCCUGCUAGAACGUCUCUAUCAAACGAGCUACGCAAAAUUGAGAUUAAUACAAAGCCUUUAAAUGAUUGCAACAAUACAUAUUUGAAUCAUUUUGCAUUGAAGAAUCAUGCAGUGUUUAAAGAUGGUCUUAUUCCCGGACAAUAUUGUGCAUACGACCCAAAAUGGAGAAUGGAUUCUUGCCAAGGCGAUAGCGGAGGAUCGCUACAAAAAAUGUCAAAUAAUGAUCCAAACACUGUCGAAAUAGUUGCAAUUGUUAGUUUUGCUCAUGGUUGCGCGUUGGAAUUGCCUAGUAUUUAUACUCGUGUUGCCCAUUAUAUCGAUUGGAUUACGCCCAUUGUUUGGCCACAAAAUUAA